AUUGGCACAAAUCGCUGUAUGCCACACUCAUCAGUCAUCUCUGCCGGCCUGCGCAGACCUGCUCAGGUGCACCAGCGGUGUGGAGCAGGGAACCGCCGGAGGCCGGUGAUGUAGAUUCAGAUUAACUAUCUGCAAGCAAGGAUCGCAUUCGGUAGACGAACAUCAAACACCACAUGCGUCCCCGCCUGCAUCCAAGUCGGUCCUUUCCACGCGUCGGCCCGAUCGCCUUCAUCGCCUGGCGUCGAUAUUUGGCGUAGGUGCGGCAGGCGUGCGGACUCGAGAAAGGGCAGCUAGCUCUCUUUCAUACUCCACUGGCUGCUUACGUGAUCCGAUCAUUGUCCAUCCGCUCGGACGCUGAUUCACGAUUGCUCAUCCAAUCGACAUCGAGUGCCGCCAACAGUCCGACAUGCGGACCGGCAUCAGAAUCGCCGACGGAAGGCUGAAGAAGGCGUUGCCGCAUGCCCUCUUCUCCGAUGUGCAGAACAAUGACUCAGCAGGCCAACACCCACUCCAGAGUGCUUGCACGAACAUAGGGGACUCGCCAUGCAGAUCACCAGCGUUUGAGAUGGCGCGCUCCGAGUCAAGCUGAAUAGUCGCCCAGUCGCCCGAUCAACGUGCCCGCAUAGAAGAGGAAACAUGCGUGAGCGUCAGUGUACGUCUAAUGCGGAGGUGGUGGCGCAAGCUAUCAAUGCAAACAGAGUUCCAUGGAUAAUGAUUCAAAGUACUUCUACAUAAAGAGCGAUCUUGAAUGGUGGCGCAUAUUGUGUCACUCUUAGCAAUGCGUCCAACUUGCCCUCGAUCAAUCUUUGGCGUCACGCAGUUACGAGUGCCAAUACUUCACGACCAACGGAGCUGCCGGUCAGCCGUAUCGUGAGCGGAAUCUGCCUUUCAUCCUGCCUCGUCAGGGCUCCCAAAAAGGGACACAUUCAAACGUUCGUAUCUUUAGACGGUCCUCGACAGAUCUGCUGGCCAGUCCUCUGUUGAGCUUCGAAAAGAUGUUGUUCGCUCAACUUUUUGCCGUUUUUCUUUGCGUCACAUCCGCCUUCGCAUUCGAUUUACGUACUCCGUCUCUUCAGCGUCGCGGCCUUUCGGGAAGCUCAUUCGUCGCAGCGCUCGAGGAUUUCGCUGGAACGAGACGAGUCGCGCAGGCUGCUGAGAGUUCGAGUCCCAGCAUUGCACGACUCGGCUCUUUUGGUCAUCCAAAGGGUCAUGGCUCUGCGCCGACGAGUCCGCAAUUUGGUCACGAAUUCAGCGAGCAUGACCAGCAUUUGCUUUCGUCAUUUCUUCACAGUCCUCAGCGGAGUGGCAGCCAUGUUGCCAGCCACACCCCGCCGUCGUCACCAAUACAACAACUCACCGCGGAAGACCAAGAAUUUCUUCGCUCGGUCCUUCAUCCCGAAAGUCCCAGUCCGAGCCGUCAUGGCACCAGUGGAAAAGGCGACAGCCAUGAAACGGGCGCCUCUGCGAGUUCCGCCCACAGUGAACCUUCCGUCUCGACGAGCCUGCCCCCGGAAACGUCGACGGCGCUCCUUGAACAUCAUUGGUCUGAGGAGGAUGCGAAUCUCAUACAUUCUCUUUUACACAGUUCUUCUCGAAGCCCGAGCCCGGCGCGCGCCAACCCUAGAAGGCAGCCUGCAAGUGGGCAUGCUGAACCGUCGACCACGCCAAGCAUUUUGAGGGAGUUUCCCAAAGGAUUGCCCCGCGGCAAGCUCGACAAGUCUGACCCGUCAUUUUGGACGCUUCCGAAGGAUCGUACAGUCAGCAUAAGUACAGCUUACAAUCGUCUAAGAGACGGUCGUGCACGGGGGAUGUCCGCAGACGUGUUG